AUGCGGGGGGGUAUGGAGACGUUUGAUACAGGGUAUGGGGCUACGCCUUCGGUGGGGAGUAUGAGCUUCCACACGGUGGAGACCGAGCUGAGCUCGCAUCAGGAUUCGUUGGGCUUCGAGGUGAAGAGGUUGCCGAAUGGGCUUCGGACGCAGUCGCGCCUAAGUAUGGCGAGCGUUUCGACGUGUACGCCCGUACGAGCCACAUGUCCACCCUCACCUAUCCACCACGCCUCGAGCACAUCAACCGACUCGACAUACACCGCCACUGCACCAGCUCGCGAAUCCAACAAGGAGGAGAGAUCAAGUUGGGGGGCCAACUUUUGGUGUGUCGUUCAAGACCCUGGAGGGGGCGAGCGCUUUUUUGCCAAUCCGGAUACGGGCGAGUGUCGCUGGACACUCCCACAGGGCUCUAUGGUCCUCCCGCCCUCCGACGAUGGUCAGUGGUGGCAGCUGACAGAUGCCCAGUCGGGAUGCAGCUACUACUUCCACACGCGCACGCACGCUACGCAGUGGACCCGCCCCGACGCCCAACUCGUCAUCCCCAUGACCGCGGUGCAACUCAAACUCAACCAGUGCACGCAGUCCAGCGGUCGAGUGAGGCGCGUACACAGUCUCCCGCGCAAGGCAGCUGUGGUGGAAAGAGCAAGGGAUAGCAUUGUAUCGCGCGACCAGACAGCGCUGGCCCAGGCCAGAGGCUCACCCUCCCUGCGAUCCGAUGCGCCGCAGAGACGCAAACCGAGAACAGCCCCCACCCCCACGCGUCCGCCAAGAAUCGAGUCCAACACGUUGGCAGCUGCACCCACGGUUGCCAUUCGAAGAGUCGGUAAAGGUUUGGCGCACGAUGCGGGUCAUGCUCCGCUACGAGCUCGUCGCUCCAUGCCGGUCCUCAAGCCGCGCAGAGCGGUCACGCAUCUGCCGCCGGACCUAGCCCACGCACUCACCGUCCCCACCCGCCACCCCCAGCAACACCCCAAACCCGUGCCCGCUCCAGCUCCCGCUCCCUUGCCGAUCGAGCCCAAGACCGAGGCGAAGCUGCCGCGCUCGCGCUCGUUUCCCCUGCGCUGGUUUUCGCGCUGCAAACGACCGCCUCUGCCCGACUAG